AUGGUUGUUGGCAAGAAAAAGUCCAACCAGCGAUUCCAAGAUUUCCUUCGGGCCAUCCGGGAGAGCGAGUCCAUGAUCACCAACGACGUCGGCGACAUCGGCCCCUCCUCGGUCGGUACUUCCGACGACAUCCAAGGUCAAAUCGCGGAACAAAUUACUCGGAUCACCUACGACAUGGAGAACUCGAAGUAUACAGGGGCUAUGUCCGACAUGUUUGAUGGUGUCCAGAACAACUUUAAUCAGUUUUUCGGUCAAUUCGCACAAACCAAUGACCAGCUGCGCCGUAUGUGUGGUGUCCCGGAGUGA